AUGCUAGGCUCGCCCCUCGCCUCGCCCUCCGUCGACACGAACAGCUCGAGCCCCUUCAAGGACGCGCCGCCGACCGACCGGCCCUACAAGGACCUCACGGACCGGCAGACGCGCUACCAGAAGGCCGUCUGCGUCGUGAACGCGCCGGGCAAGUUCGCCGUGACGGGGACGCUGCUGAUGUGCCGCGGCCAGUGCUGCGUCUUGUUCGGGGACCAGGCGAACGCGCUCGUCCCCCGCGACGCCGGGCAGGCGACGGCCGUCUUCUAUAGCAACGGCGGGAGCGAGUCGACGGCGGAGGCGAAGCUCAUGCCGCACUUAUUGUGGUGUCCAAGGGCGGAGUUCGGGCUGAUUCUCUGUGCGGUGGAUGGGGAACCGUUACGAGCCCCGCGGGUCUGGCCUUUGGUGCCGUCCCCAGAUGCUUUAUAUAAGGGCGUUCGAGAAGCAAAUGGCGACGCGAAGAAGGCCCCCGAAUGCCAGCUAUACGGCCACAUUGACGGCGCGGCGAAGCGGUCCCUGACGCUUUACGUGGACGACUACGACCGCCAGUCGGACCGGAUCUACUUCCGGUUCGCGCCGCCCGUGGAAACGCACGGCUGCCCGAUAUUUUACGAGGGUAGGUGGGUCGGCAACGUCACGACGGAAACGGAGCCGAAUAGGUCCGUGGUCGUGCCGGGCGAGCACCGACCUUUGUAUGUCAAUAAGACUGAUAGAGGCAUCGGCGUCGGCGUGGUCUUAGCUUCUUUAGGCUGCGCCGGCGUGCCCGCGGAGCAGUGGCCGCCGGAGCCGCAGUCGGACUCCGACUCGGACGCGUCGGAGAACCGGCCGGCGACGCCGCCGCCAUUAAACACGCCGUUCGAGCGGCCGCGCCUGCCCGAGCCGGAGUUUAAUGGGUAUGCGGGCCACCACGUCUUCGACCGUAGUAAACGAGGGCGGAGCUACAUUGGUGGUUCUGGUAUUGCGUUGCGGGCGCGAUUGGGCGACGGCCCGCGCCACCGGCCACAAGGACGGGCGAGACACGACCGGCCGGCGCGCGCGAUCAAGGCGGUCCACGAGGCGAACAUCGAGGCUCUGGCGGAACUCCAAGCCGAGGACGACGACCCGAACUUUUUGAGAGAUUUGAGAUUUGCGCGCGGCUGGACGCUGGCCCACGUGGCCGCGACGACGGGCAACGGCGCGAUGCUCGUGCCGCUGGCGGAGUGCGGCGUCGAUUUGUGGGAGGCGACGCCGCUGGGCGACACCGUGGCGCACACGGCGGCCUACCACGGGUGCAUCGGGGCGCUGCGCGUGCUGAAGGCGCGGGGUCUGCCGAUCAACGCCGAAAAUAAUCGGGGCGAGCGGCCCGUGCACAAGGCUUUGCUGCGGCGCCACGAGGCGUGCGUCGCCUGGUUUAAAAGAAGACGCUGCGCCAUCCCCGUCCUGCCGAAGGCGGUCGACGAGGACGACGGCAGCGGCUUCCUGCCGCGGUCGGCGGUCGCCGUCGCGGCAUCGGUGCACGGGCCGCGGCCGGAAGUCGACCCGGCGGCGUUCCUGCCGGAGGCGUUUGGGCUCUAA